AGUAGUUCGACAUGAAAGGCGACGACGAAUACGCAAAGGACCGUCAGUAUGAACCUGGUGGUAGAGUUGCCUCUGGCUAGAUACCUUUCCCAUUCGGCUUGAAUCCCGGAUUGCCAGUCCCGCAUGGCAGAUUGCAGCAGAGGAAGAACUUGUCGUUGAAACUCGCGGUGGACGACGUUGACCAGAGAGACUCCCUUCUCCGCUAGUGCAUUCAAGACGGUCAAACUCACUUGCUGAUACGAGCUCGAACCAUCGCUGCUACUGCUGCUGCCAGCGCUGUCGCUGUCUCCAAUCUCGUCGAGUAGCGUUCGGGAUAGACCUUCUGCUCCCGUCGAGGACUCAUGGUUGCUGCUACUGCUCAUGUUCGUGUAACUGCUGCUGCCGCUUGUGUUAUUGUGCCCAUGGAAGGUCAUGUAGAGGAAAGAGUCGAGUCGAGUCGUUGCGUUGGACGCUGCUCUAGCUAGCUACAAGCAGUGCUCUGGCGUGUCUUGAUUGAAGCAGUUUUCUCCCUUGUUCUGUGUUGUCUUCUCUUGGUCGCUUCGCCUUCUUGCUUCGAUUCGAAGAGCGGCCUUGGUUGAUUGUGCUGUCGCUGCCUUGACGUCAGCCUGCCUUCUCACUUUGUCACAAACGACGCCAAAGAUUUAGUCACGUAACGCGCACCUCGAAGAAUUUGGUAGGGCGCGCCGUCUUGGGCGGAUGCCACUCAGAGACUUAACAUGAUUUUUCAAGGAACAGUACGAUUGGUUAGGGUUCGGACUUAAAAAACGUCUUGCCAUUGUCCGUCUACCCCACAAGUCGCCGCCACCAGAACAACGGCAAAGAUCCCUUCCUCAUUGUUUCUAUUGUUUCUCUGUUCCAUCAUCUCAACUUGUAGUAGCUAACUAAAACCAUGGCAAAGCACGAGGAGGACAAGGAAGCCAAGAAGGAAGCCAAGAGGGCCGCCAAGAAGGCCAAGAAAGAAGAGAAGAAGGAACGGAAAAGGGCUGAAAAGGAAGCCAGAAAGAGGGAAAGAGAAACCAAAAAGCAGGAAAAGAGAGCUAGCAGAGAGGAAGAGGAUCGCAGUCAGGAGGACACUGACGAGGACAGUCUCACCAAACAACUAGUAGAAGAAGGAUAUCAGACUCCUCCUCGAAAAGUGGCACGAAAAAUUCGUCAUGUUCCACUAGUAGAUGCAUCCUCCCAAACAGCUGAAGCAGGCCAGGACGGUCCAUUCUACAAAAAGUGGAUCGAAGUUUCCGCGUCCGUAAUGCCAGCCGACAUGGGAGACAUCAAGACCGCCUUGGAGGACAAUGUUCGAAACAUGAUUCUGCAAUAUAUACCAAACCUAGGCAUCAUGCUCACAUUUCACAAUCUAAAAGUCAUUGCCAAUGAUGGAGCAGGAAUGAUUCUGGAUGAGCUACCCUUUAUUACCUAUAAGGUCGGAUUUGAUUCCUGCGUGUUUGAUCCAAAGAUUGGAAAUAAGUUGCAAGGCACCAUCUCGAACUCGUUUCAGUCUCAUUUGGCUAUCCUCGUGAUUGGAAAUGUCAACGCCAUGAUCCCCGCACAGAGUAUGCAGCUUGCCGGAUACAAAUUUGAUGUCGAUGCCAUGGAAUGGUCCAAAGAUGAUGGAUCGGAUACAUUGGUCAAGGACCAAAAGAUGGAGUUCUACGUAGACAAGAUUCAUGCACACAUGGGAAUCCUGUCCAUUGAAGGAUCCAAGCUAACCCAGUUUGUCGAGCCUCCUGCUGUUGCCGGAUCCAACAGUGAUGACUGACUGACUGAUUGACUGAUGCUUCUAACUAGAAACGUACUUUCUUCUAUUUGUUGUGAAAGGCACUUAUUAAAUGCAUUCUUCUAUGGUUCGUUGUCUCUUGGGCUGGAUGAUGAUGAUGAUGUGAAGCAUUUGUACCCAGCUCACUUAGUACGAUAGUACGGUAGCUACAUCGUUAUCCAUGGGUUGCUGACUGGUUCCCAUGCCAGCAUUCUAAAAAAUGGCUUUUUCCAAAAACAUUUAUAAAUCUACGUGUACUGUAU